GUUAAAAUGGAACACCCAAAAUUUUUACAGAGAAAUCUUUCGAUGCUUCUGGCUUUCGUUCUGUCUAUAUCCACUUGCUCGGCGAGAGGUGCUUGGCCGGAAAAGCCUCCGUCUGGUAAACUAUACGGCGGCUGAAAGAGGGAUCAUCGCAAUGGCAUCGUUGAAUCUGGCUCUUGCUGCUCAUCAAAAGACACGGCUUCUCCAAGUUUCUUGCAGAAGGAAAGAAAAGGAGCGCAACAAUUUCGACCCGUACAAAGUCAUUGAAAUCACUCCUCCGCCGAAGAAUCUCGGCAUUCGCUGCUUUCCGCCCAACUUACAAUGUGGGGAGAGUGUGACAAUAGAAGGCCAAACAUACACCAUCUCAGCUGUAACUCAUCGCUAUCAGCUCAGGAAGGGGAAGUAUGAGCCAACUGAAAAGAGACUUGAUGUUUUGUCCACAGGGAGGUAUAUAUUGAACUUGUAUCUAGAAAAUUUAUUAGAAAAAUCUUGAUACCUCAUGAGGGAAAAAGA